GGCUUGUUGGGACGUCACAUUUCGCCCUUUGUAAACUGAAAUUACUAAGAGUUCAGCGAAGGAUUCACCCUUGGCGGAGAUUCAUGAUUACGUCUGAGUCAUUAAGCUUGUAAUCUUGUUCUGUUGAUACAGAUUGUCAGAGGGAUGAUAUACAGUAGGCCUUGCUGUUGUGCAGCUUUUGACAGAUACUGAUAUGCCUUACACAGUCCACCAUGCCGUUUAAAUUGAAACUGAAACGGACCAAACGCUAUGAAGUCUCCUCAAAGAACGCUUACGUGGUGGGUGUCCACAUGUUGGACAGCUCAUUCUUGGAAUGUACCCUAUCAUCUGAUAGUAAAGGAGGGGAGUGUUUGGACAGCAUAUCCCAACGGAUAGAGCUCAGUGAGGUGCAGUAUUUUGGCCUGCGCUAUGUCACCAAAAAGCUACAGUUCCGCUGGGUGGACCUGGAGAAGCCGCUCAAGAAACAGCUGGACAAGUUUGCUCAUUCUCCAAGACUGUACUUUGGGGUCAUGUACUAUGUGGCCUGUGCUCACAAGAUGCUGGAUGAAGCAGCCAGAUAUCAAUACUUCCUUCAGCUCAAGACAGAUAUCAUUGAUGGUAGACUUCCCUGUACCCCAGAACAGGCUAUUAGAUUUGCUGCCUACAGUUUGCAAGCGGAACUGGGUGACUAUGACCCUGAACGAUUCACCCUCAAGCAAUUCAAGGAUUAUCCUCUGUUACCAAAGACCAUGACCAAAGAUGAAGCAACGCUUUUAGAACUUACAAAAGAAAUCCUGAAGGUACACGGCAGUUUACAAGGUGUGCCUGUGGCCAAGGCAGAGAUCCAGUACAUCAAGGAGGUACAGUUACUAGAUGGCUAUGGCAUGGAGUACUACCUGGCCAAGGAUUCCUCAGGUAAGGAGUUGUACCUGGGUACUUCAUACGCUGGUGUGUUUGCCAGACACCUAGACGGCCAGCCUGCUGUCUUCUUCAAGUGGACAGAGAUUGCUAAUGUGUCACAGAGUAAGAAGACUCUGGAGAUUGAUACAUCAAAAAGCUCAGUUCAGUACAGUCUGGAAGAUCCAGAUACAGCAAAAUACUUGUGUCACAUGUGUCGCCUUCAACAGAAAUUUUACAAAUCGAAUAAGAAUACUCUCAAUGUGAGCAUGAGUGACCUGACAAAUGAGAAUGAAGCUGAGCAUGACAUUAUCCCAGAUAUUCAGCAGUCUGUUCCUCCUCACACUGAUAUUCCUGAUGUGGCCAGUUCCCACAGCUCUUUAACCUGUGUUCAAGACAACAGACUUGCUCAGGAUUACCAGCAACCAGUGGUAAUUCAGGGAGAGUACAGCCAUUCCCAACAGAGCCUUGACGUGGGAAGUGCCUUACCAGACAUACAACAGCAGUACCCUGAUGCGGGUCUCAUUGGGGGAGAAAAUAUCUACAGCAACGCAGACUUACAAAGCCAGCACUCAGCCCAUGUGGAUCACUCGUACGAAUCUCGCCUAGCUGCUCUGCCAGCCUACCGUCCAGCUCCCGAUUAUGACUCGGUAAUGAGACAGCGCAUGCUGCAACAAGCGCUACAACAACAACACCAGUCUGACCCGCAACAGCAGUUAACGCAGCCUGCCAGUCAGCAGGAGCUGCUCCACUUACAAACCAGUAACAUUGGCAACGCUCAAGUGUACAGCCAGGCCCAGACAAUAGCCUACAGUCAGCCAGAGAUUAGAGAGCAUCAGUACCAGCAACAAGACAACAUCUACGCUAACGUGGGCCCUGGCUAUAUGCCGUACCGUGUUGGAGAUCGGGCCACGAGUCAAAUCAUUCACCCGACUUACAGCACCCCUGAGCUCUACGCCCAGCUCCUGGCUGAGGACUACAGCAAUGGUACUGUGAUGGGAGAGGCCCUGCCCUUCCAUUACAAACCCCCACCCCCAUACCCUCGUGCGAGUAAUAGCACCCCGGACUUAGCUAUUCAAACUGUCAAGUCAGGCCUUACUGAGAGCCCCGAUCUUGUGUCUCGUAGAAACAUCGGAAUGGCAGAUCUUGUGGACCAGUCACGCCUGGAUCACAGUGUGGAAAACUUGGCCGAAGAGUUCCAGCAGUCGGCCAAUAUGAACACUGACACGAACAGUGCAAUCUACAUGAAGCCUAUUGUCUCCUCAGAACAGGCUGAUCAGGCCAGUUUGGAGGAAGCAGUACCUGCCUCCCCUCAGUCACUAGAUAACACUGUCUUAGACGACUGCUCUCCCGCUGUCUCACCUCUCGUGAAACAAACUCCGCAAAGACUGUCAGACAAAUCCUCCCACCAAAGUCCAUACGACAAGAAAACCAAAGUGCAAAUAAAAUAUGUGUCCCCUUCCCAAGCCCCACCGCAGUGCACGUCUGCCGAGGUUGCAACACGGCGGGAGAGUUUCAGGCGACAAGUGAUAGCAAACUCUCCUUACUUCGACCCUAGAACAUCAAUAAGGCGGAGUCACAACAGGGAAGCUGCCAAUCAAGCUGCCCUACCCACAAUUACUGACUCUACACUGCCCUCUGGUGGUGACCAUAAAAUACAAGGGGGAGGUAAUGCAGUAAGAGAAGGUGGAGCAGCUGAAGUGGAGACAGAGAAAGUGGAGAGUAACUGUACUGGUGCUGAACAGGUGCUGCUUGAUAGCCCUCAAGAGGAAAUCCGAUUUAAUAUGGGGCCUUUGAAAACUGCUGCCAUGAAUGGGUUGACUCCCGCUCGUCCUCAUAGUAUGCUGGCAAACCUGAAUGAUGAGACGCGGGCACCAAAAGAUGAGAGGAGGAAAAACCUGGAAUCUCAGCUGGCAGAAGGCAGGGUGUUUGUGGAGUUUGAGAAGGUAUUGCGGCGUGACCCGUCAGCAGAAUUUAAGGUGGCGUCUCUGGCAGAAAAUGAAUGCAGGAAUCGAUUCCGUGAUGUCCUCCCCUAUGAGCACAAUCGUGUUAAACUCCAUCCAAAGAAAGAUAACCCUGAGGGAUACAUCAAUGCAUCACACAUUAAGAUGGAGUCUGGGGGUGUGGCUUGGUGGUUUAUCGCAGCUCAGGCACCCAUGCCUAACACCGUCGCUGACUUCUGGCAACUCAUCUGGGAAUACAAUGUUCACGUAGUUGCAAUGCUCACAGAUAUAGUAGAGCUUGGAAAACAGAAGUGUUGUCAGUACUGGCCUGUGGAAACAGGGGAGGAUAACAAAGCUACGUAUGGGGAAUAUGAGGUAGUGUUGCAGUAUCGCAGUGACUCUCUAUACUAUGUCACUAACACGAUCUGUGUGAGACAUAAGGGCAGUAAGACAGAGAGACUGGUCUGGCACCUGCAGUACACAGCCUGGCCUGAUCAUGGCUGUCCAGAAGAUAUCUUUGGCUUUCUGGGUUUUCUGGAUGAAGUGGAGUCCGUACAGCGAAUGUCUGAGAGUGACAGUAGUGGGGAGAAGUUUCCCAUUGUGGUCCACUGUAGUGCAGGGGUAGGGAGAACAGGUGUGGUUAUCCUCACGGCCAUCAUGAAGUCCUUCCUAGAACAUAAUCAGAACAUCGACUUACCGAAAGCCCUUGCAGAAUUGAGGUCCCAGCGACUGUAUAUGGUACAGACCGUCGGCCAAUAUUCCUUUGUCUAUAAGACUCUGAUUCAGUACCUGAAGAAUACUAGGCUCAUUUAACAACCCUCAUCAGUGAAUUCAACAAGUUUGGAAUCUUCAUUAGGGAGUGUGCUCAAAAAGUUGGUCUAGAUCCGCCGGGUGUCUACUGAUCUUCCAGAUUGUGUUGUUUAUUUUAAAAACUUGUACGUAUACAAUCUGCUAACCUGCCAAUUCCAAUUUGUAUGA